GGCCAAUAUGGCGGCGGGCGUCAGAAUGUAGCUUCGCAACGGGACGAUUUAUUUAAACUACUGUUGAUUCAAGAAGUUUGUCUUUUAGUUUCAGCUUUCCUUAAGUCACUUUCUGCAGCAGCAGGAUGUCUGGAAAACUCAGUAACCCCCUGAAGGCCGGCGACCUGGUGUUCGCCAAGAUGAAAGGCUUUCCUCAUUGGCCGGCUCGGGUCUGUAAAUCAGAGAACGGCUACAGGAAGCGAGUCCCUGUCUACUUUUUCGGGACCCAUCAGAUAGGCUCCGUCACGCCGGAGAACGUCGCUCCGUACGUCGGCAACAAGCUGAAGUACGGCAGCGGCGUCCGCAUCAAGCUCGCUGAGGGGAUGUGGGAGAUCCAGAACACGCCCGGCCUCGGCAGCAAACUCAAGGUUCAAUCGAAGAUCUUCACUAAAAAAACACCAGCAAAACCAGCUUCUCCUUCUACUACACUCUCCAAAUCUACUUCUGUGUCCUCCAGAAAAACUCCUGCAGCUAAAACUCCUGAUGGAAAACCUAAAGGAGCUUCUGCUCCCACUAAGUCUGAGUGCAACACUAAGCCUGCUUCAAGCAGAAAGCACCCCGAGUCGAGCUUCGGAUUGUCUCCAGAUGAAGACAUGAACUCUGGACUGGGCAAAGAGUCUGCAGAACCUCCUGCAGCUGCAGUCAGGUUGCCUAAGUCCAAUCCAAAUGACUUCACACAGUUUACAGAGACUGCAGAGCAUAGAGAGAACCUCAUCCAGAUUAGCUCAGAGAAACCAACGGGUCCAAAGCCGGAUCAGGAAGCAGGAGAGGUCGCUGCGCCAACGAGAAGCAGGCGGUCGGCGAGCGCUGGGUCACUGGCAGAACCAUCGACCCAAAAGGAAACUCCAGCUCAGACUAAAAGAGAGGUGAGAUCAGGAAGAGCUUCUUCUGCCUCUGAUGGAAAACCUGCAGCCGGAUGGACAGGAAGCAAACCUCUGGCCAAGAAGGAAACGGCGAGCAGCGGCGAGCAGGAAGCGGCUGCAGGACGAGUUUCCACCCGGAGCAGAGCAACAGAUUUAAAGUUCAGUGACAUUCCUGACUUGCCGCCUCCCAGGAAGAGGAGAAAAGAUGCAAGAAAGCAAGAAAUCCAGGCGGCCAAGAGGAAGAAAGAGGAGAAGAACGAGAAACUGAGUCAGAGCAGCGAGGACAGGAUGGAAGAUCAGCCUGAGAGCAGAGCGUCGAAAAGAAAGAUGGAGGAGGAGAAAACCGAGGAAGGAAGAGAAGUAAAGACGAGGAGGAGCAAGAAAGACAAAGAGACAGGAGAGAAAGAAAUGAAGAGAAUCAAGAUGAGAAGAGAAGAAAACUCUGAGGGAAUAAAGAAGAGGAAGGCUGACGAAGAGACAAAGACAUCUGAGAAAACGAAGAAGACCAACAAGGACGGAGCAGAGGUGAUGAACGAGAAACACGAAGGCAAAAGAGAAGAAAUGAAGGUCAGGAGGACGGAGGGAGAGAGGGAUUCAUCUGAGGAGACAAAGAGAGGAGAGAAAGACCAGGACAAAACAGAGGGAAUAAAAACAAAAAAAGAACAGAAGAAAACUGAAGGAACAAAGACAAAAAGAGCCGAGGAGGAAGAGAAACAUCAAGAAAACCUGGAAGCAAAGAAGACGAGGAGCGAGGAGGAAGAAACGGAGGGAAAGACGAGCAAGAAAAGCAAGAAAGAAGAGGAGAAAACGGAGAACAAAACCAGAAAAACUGAGAAACCCGAAGAGAAAACAGAAGACAGAGGAGAAGGAAUGAAGGUCAGGAGAGCAGAGAAAGAGAGAAAAGAGGAGGAGGAGGAGGAACGAGUGAAGACCAGGAGAGGAGAGAGUAAGGAACUGAAGGACGACAAGAAAACCAAAGAGAGAAGGAAAAGAAAGAAAGAAGAGAAAGAUAAACCAGAACCAAGCUUAGAGAAAACAAGAGAAAUGAAGCAGAAGACGACAAAAGAUGCUGAUGGAGCGAAAGAGAAGAAGGUCCAGAAGAAAAGAAAACAUAAGGGCAUGGGAGAGGAGGAAGAAAAGAGAGGACAGCAGUCUGCAAGACGAGAGGAAGAGGAGGAGGUGAAGAAGAGACAGGAUGGAGGGGGAGACGGCAGAGGAGAAGGAAGACGAGGUAAAAGCUGCAAACGCAGAAAUGAUUCUGGACAUGAAAUGAACUCCAUACAUUUACAAACAGACUCAAAGAUGGAGAAAGAUGAGAAGGAAGAAAUGAAACUAAGGCAGGAUCAGCUGGCGGCGAGGAGGGACAGCUUCAUCGAGUCGCUGAGGGAUCUGCUGAAGACAAGGAGAUGACGAAGAGCUCCCAGUAAGGAAGACGAGUCGCUCUUCAUCCGGCAGAACCGGUCCAGAGACGGACUAACUCCUCUCUGCUGGGUUUGUGUUUCCAUCAGGGACGGAGGAAAGUCUGGCGACAGGAAGACGCCACCCAGAGGUGGAGAGGAAAGACGGAAAGGAGAGAAGACGGACAGAGGGGGGAAACUGUCCACCAGAAAGUCAACGACUGAGACGAAAGGAGAGAGACCGUCCAACCACAGGACAAAAACGAGUGGAGAAGGAUUCAAGGCAAAAGACGACGGUGGAGACAAAGGGAGUGAAGACGGGACGGACAGAGGAAUGAGGAAAACCACAGAGGACAAGACUGGUGGGAAGGAGGAAAAGAUGUCUCCUGGAGGCUCGGCGGUGGAAGUGAAGAAAGAUGGACAGAAGGUAGAAAAGGACGAGAGGAAAGAAGAAGACGAGACGAAGCAGCAGAAAGACGAGAGAAAGAUAAUUGGAAAGAUCGUUAAAGCCAAUCAGGGAACGAAGAUCCAUGUGAAGACCAUGAUGGGAGGACUGACCAAAGCUGCUGGAGAGGAGGAGGGGAAGAAGAAGAAAGAGGAGGAUGGAGGGAGAAAGGAGGAGGCGAAAAAGACUUUAGAGACAGAAAAAAACAGAGAAGGCAGCCAAGAACGAAUCUCAGGAAAAGAAAAAAGAGAGAACGAGAUCACGGCGACUGGAGGAGAGCAAACAGCAGAAGAAGAACAAGGAAAGAAGAGAGCGGGGCCGACAGAGCGCAGGCUGCAGGUUUACGGACUGAAUCUGCGGCGCCAGCGGAGGAGGACGGCGCCGACGGAGAGAGUCCCCCGGGACGGAUCAGGGACAGCAGAAGAAAACUGCAGUUCAACGCUGACGGACUCGACUCUGCACCGGAUCAACGGAGACCUCCGCAUCUCUCUGAAGACGGACAAACCCGACAUCAGGAAGUGUCUGUCGGCGCUGGACCAGCUCAGCAUGCUGUACGUGACGUCAGAACACGUCCAGAGGCACAGCGAGCUCAUCGCCACGCUCAGGAAGAUGCGGCACUACCGGGCCAGCCAGGCCGUCAUGGACAAGGCCUCCAUGCUCUACAACCGCUUCAAGAACGCCUUCCUGGCGGGCGACGGCGAGGAGGUGGUGAGCGCCGCCUUCCUUCGCUCGCUGCUGCAGGAGAAGGAGCCGGAGGAGACGCAGCGGCUGAGGGAGGAGGAGGAGGAGAGGAGGCGAGCGAAGGACAGGUGGACAAGCUGGAGGUAAAAGUGGAUUCCUCCUGAGAUCCGGAUCGGAUCGGACUAACCGGACUGAAUCAGACCGAAGCAGAUCAGAUCAGACCGAACCGGAUCGGACUGAACCGGACCGGACUGACCCGUCCACAGCAGCUGCUCUGGUCCCUGUUGCUGGACGUUCUGCUGAAUUUCUCAUCCCAGUGGAAACUUGUGGCUCGUUUCCUUCUUAGUUUUUGGUUUGAUCUGUGAUUUCAGUCAGCAGCAUUAAUACUGAUUUAAACUUUUAGUCUUUUUAAUUAAACUUUAACUAAAACACUGAGUAACUUGUGCAAAUUUUUACUUCCUGUGUAAAGUUCCUAAUCUUAAACUCCUCUGGUGCAUUCGGCCAUCUUGCCCUCAGAGAAGGGGCUGA